UUUAUGGUGAUAGGUUGUAUUUGACUCGCGCGCGUUCGUACUUUUACGCGAUCCUCGGGAAAACCGGUUUGAAAGUGAGGUGUGGCGUGGGCGAUUGUGGUACCGCGUUCGACCGUAACCAAAAAAAAAGAGAAAAAAUACAUGAAACUACCGACAUUCGUGUAACAAAAACUAUUUUUGAGGAGUAAAAGUGAAUUGCCGUUGGAUAUCAGAAUCGAGGCAGAAGCGACCCGUGCGUGAGACAGUUCAGUUUCGUUCCGUGGGCACAUUGAGUGAUGCCCGAUCGUGUAGUUAGUCAGUAACAGUGUCCGUGGUUAUACAAAAUGGCCGCUAUUGCCGCCCUUUUCGGUUUGCUCGUGAUCGCCUUUGUGUCAGGUCAAAAUGUGGAGAUCACCCCCAUCAAAGCUGUCCGUCGGAUCGGCGACGAACUCAUCGUUCUCUGCAAAGUGCCGUAUCAGAUAGACUCCUGUCGAAUGAUCGUCGGCACCACUUCGUACAGGCUGAUACCUGGUAACCAGGAAGGCGACGUCGUGUACUCCGGACAAGGACUCACAACCGGAGAAUGUGGCGCGCACAUCAAGAACAUCAGGGAAGACUGGAACGGCAAUGUCACCUGCGUCCUGCCGCCACAGUCCAGCAACAUCGAGGUCACCGGCACCAUGAGGCUGCUUGUCGCCAGGGCCCCCGGAGACCCGCACCUGAUCUCUCCCCCCCAGCCUCAGUUCAAAGAAGAGGACAUAUUCUCGGCGCAGUGCGUUGUACCGAACGGCAGACCGGCCGCCAAGAUCCUGUGGUUCUUAGAUGACGAGCAACUGCUUGAAGGGGUCCAUCAGCCUGUUGUCACCGACGAGCCAGGCUCCGACCUGCAGACCGUCAGCCAGAACAUCACGAGGACCAUCAGGGCUGACGACAACAACCGAAUGCUGGCCUGCCGGGCGGAACACGAGGCCUUGGACCAGCCCAGAGAAGCGAAGAGACAACUCAUUGUGCAUUACCCACCCAAGCGCCUUGAAUCCGGUCCUAUCACCGUCUUCGGACUGAAGCUCGGAGCUGAAGGGAAGCUGAACGUGACCGUCCGCUCCAACCCCCCUCCCACUGCGGUGUGGAUGGUGGGCGACAUCAGGAUAACUGCCCCACAUUCCACUGACAACGGAGCCAUCACGGCCUUGGAGCCUCUUCAUUUGGGCAAUGGACACUACAAUGUGAGCCUCCAUCUCGCUCGCAUCACCAAAGAAGACGUUGAGAGAACGUAUUACCUUCAAGUCUUCAACGACCUUGGGAGGGAGGAGUUCACACUCCGAAUGAGCACUAUGGACGAGCCUGCUGGCGUUGAAUUAGACACCGGAGCCAUAGUCGGCAUAGUGGUGGCCGUGCUCGUCCUCUUGAUCGCGGUGUUCCUGGGUGUGUUCGCGUUCGCGACCGACAGAUGGUGCUUCGCUGGUCGCGGUCGCGAGCUCGCCAAAAACUCCGGAGAAUCGACGCCGGCGGGGGACGUCUUCAUAGAGUCGGGGCUGCCUCUGUCGUCUCCGACUAGCGACACGGAGAGCGCGGCCGGCGCAGGGAGGUCGCGGCUGGCGGCGCUGGGGGCGCGGGUGAGGGCCGUCAUACCGCGCGCCAAGGAUCGCGUCCAGGCCACCGACGCUCAUGAUGCUGAGUCACAAUCAGAAGAGAAGAAAGGCGUGAUUUACGCUGAAUUAGCUCUCGGAGAUCAGACUUCAGCAGAUAAGCCCCCUCCACCGUCAACGGAGUACGCUGAAAUAGUCUACACGGACCAGCCCGGCCAGAAGGAAGUUAAAGAAUAGAAGAAGACGUAUGCUGGUCGCACGUGUAAUGCAAGUGAAAUUUCUUUGACAGCCAAUUGAGAGAGAUAAUGAUUUUACGUACUUCUUCGCAAUCUAAAGACACUGUCAACUGAUUUAGGAUUUAUGCUCUCGAAUUCACAGAAGAUUUACUUCGAGGAACACAGACAAAUCGGAACACUUUGAAAAAAAUAUAAAUCAUUUUUUUUUAUAUUUCAAUAAUGCAAAACGCACGUGUCAGUCAGCUUUUAAUAAUAAAACUCGCGCUGCAGCAGCGAGGAAUCCGCGCUGCCGGCUUAUUCUGUUUGUUUUGUUGAGGUCUGCGCUUGAGGUCUCGCCGUGCGUGCGCUCUUGUAACAGCGUUGUCAAAUAGAGAUGUCGAUUGAAAUUUUUAUCGAAAAUAUUGUGUAUAUCGACGAACAUCAGUGCGAUCAGGGAGCGAGAGAGACGGGCGAUAGAUAUUUAAUAAAUACAUAAUAAUAUCGAAUCAUUCACCCCUCUUUUUUUCCUACUCAACUGGUAGUCUUUGAGGACUAUGCCACCGUCACCGAACCAGUAGGUGAGCUCACAGGGCUCUAAUCUGAGGACAUUGCUAAGGCCAGCCCUAGCAGGAGAAAUCAUUAAAUAUAAUAACACAUUUUUUCACUUUCAAUUUAACAUUAACUUCAUUUAGUAAUUAAACUCUUUUGAUGUAUAAGUUCAGUGACGUGUUCCGAAAAACGUGUGUCCUUAAUAUUGGUUUUGAAAUUAAACAUUUCAUAAUAUGAAAGUUGACAAGGAAAUUUCACAUCACAAACUUUGAAUUAUUAUUAUUUUUAUAUUAUAUUUGGGAAUCCACCGAUGCGACAAAUUAAAUAUUAUAAUAUAUACCAUAAAUUUACAUAAGUAAGGAUGAAAUUUUAUUAAAAUAACAUUAGAUUAUGUUUGAAACAAAAACAACAAAAAAAAUACUAUUAAAUAAAACUUGUAUAUACCAAUUUCUAAAUCUUGAUUUACAGAUGUAUUCAAAAUGUUGUAAUCUCAUUAUUAUUAGCGUUAGAGUUGAAUUCAUUUGCAGAAUGUCUACAUUUGACGAUGCGACACGAUGAGAUAAAUAAGUGUAUGACAAAUGGCGGUCGUUUUGCAAGUGACCAUGUCAACACGGGACUCUUAUACCACUAAAGUUAAUAACACACAAGAGUUUCAUUAUUAAUAUAGAAAUCAGGGUAAACACGGAGGCUAAAGUAUGUAGUGUUACCGUUCGACUGUCGCCUCGUGGACACAAUUAGAAUUAUUUUGACGGCUUAAUCUCGCGCGGGAAGUUUGUCGAUUAAUUACACACGGUACGGACUAACAGCAUCUUUGGGUCUGACAGUUUGCUCGACUUGUGUCUUCAACUUCACAAUACGGAUAUAUUCCGGUCUUGAGCUAAAAAAAAUAACCUAGAAAUAUUUUUCAUAGACAAUUAUGACGGUAGUGAACGCGAUAUUGAGCUGUCGAUGGACAACACCGACAAUCAUCGGUGACCGCAAAACUUUAAAACGAUCGUAGUAACAUAAUGACAAUGAAAAAAUACGAGAUUAAACCAUAAAUAUUGUUGUAAUUGUGGUUGAAACACGGACUACCGCAGACAGUAAUGUUGAAAUAUUCGUGGUAGUGGCUGCUAAUAGUCCGCGCGGGUAGGCACCGCCAUCCUGUUUAUUUCUGCCACUAAGCAGUCGUGCAUUCUGGUGUGAAUGACAUGAUCAUCAUCGUCAUCAGUCCAGUCGUCCAUUGCUGGACAUAGGUCUGUCCCUGCCGCAACCCGGGGAUGCUUAGAACCCCCACCAGUGUCGCUACCGUGACUAGAAAUAGCAGAGCGACCGGCAAUUAGGGGCCGUCGUAUUUGUGUGUCUCUCAUGGAGGAAAUGCCUAUAAUCUCCACAAUGGGCAGGCCUGUUAGAGAUUUCAGAGGUCGGUGAUCAGGUUUAGUUAUGUCAAGUUCAGACUGCGCUAUACCGCUAUCAACCAGUCGCCAGGGCCUCGUCCGUUAUUCAGCAGGAUAACUGGACAGGAGGAUGAUGAAUAGAUGUCGUGUCAUUCCCAUACAUACCACGUAAAGGACAGCUGGUACACAAUUGAGUCUUCGAAGGUCUUGGAAGUCUUCGGUAGGGUCGAAGCUAACUAAAACUGCAACGAGCUUCAUCUCAAUCGAUUGAGGAUAGCUUAUGAGCUUAAAGGACAAAUUUGAUUAGGAUAGCUUCGGUGCUUUGUCAGUUUGUUCAUUGUCGAACCGGGAGUUGUAUUUUUUUUAUAUUGCUUGGAUGGGUGGACGAUCUCACUACCCACCUGGUGUUAAGUAGUUACUGGAGCCCAUAGACAUCUACAACACAAAU